AUGCCCAAUUAUGGUCUGCCAUCGCACAAGGAGCCUCGCCACUUACCGGGCCACCAUCGAGACGCUACAGCCUUGACGUUGAGCGACAACUACAAGUCCAAAGAGCCCGUCGGGAUCGGCGUUGAGCCACUGAAUAUCAUCAUUCUGGGGACGUCGUUCGCGGGCCUGUCGUGCGCACAUCACUUCUUGGACCACACCAUUGACCGUCUUUGCACCACAACACAAGCGAGCUAUCGCUUGAUCGUGAUUGGGCCCUCGACGCAUCUGUAUUGGAACAUUGCUGCACCUCGGGCACUGGUGCCUUCAGGACUGGUCCAGCAUGAAGACCCUUUCAUCGCCGUGGAGCCUGGCUUCCAUCGCCAUCGCGGCCACCAGUUCACCAUCAUCCAAGGCUCGUGUAUUGCGAUGGACCCUACCGAACGCUCCAUCAAAAUGCCCAUCAAGAACCUCGCAGACCUCACGAAAGUCCAAACACUAAACUACCACGCCCUGAUCAUCUGUACGGGGACUUCCACCCAUUCCGAUCUCCUCUCUCUUCAUGGCCCUCACCUCGACACCGCCGAAGCGCUCCAUCGCUUCCACGGCCAACUCGAACGAGCAACGUCCAUCGUCAUCAGCGGCGGGAACUGCAGUGCAGUCGAGGUCGCAGGCACAUUGGCAACCUAUCUCAACUACAAACGCCACCUUCCCUUCCGAACCAAGCGCAAACCUCCCAAACAAAUCACUCUCAUCUCCGGCGGCUCCGUCCUCCUUCCCGACCUCGCACCACCUCUCCAAAAGAAAGCCGAAAAACAACUUCUCGACUUGGGCAUCUCCAUCCUUCACAACCACAUCCGCGUCAUCAAAACCGAAACCCUCUUCCAGCAUCACGACGACCCAAUAAAAGACAACCCCCCUUCUUCUCCUUCUCCUCCUUCAACCACAACAACAACAACCAACCUCCUCCUCUCCAACGGCACCAACAUUCUCGCCGACGUCUACAUCCCCUGCACCGGCGUCGUCCCCAACACGCAAUUCGCACCCUCGCACCUCCACGAUCCUCGCGGCUACCUUCUCACGCAUAACAAAAGUUUGCGCGUCGAACGAGCGGGCCCCCGUACCUUUGCUGUGGGAGAUGUGGCGAGUUAUUCGCAGAAUUAUUUGGGUGAUGUUUAUCCUGCUGUAGGUGUUGUGAUGCAUAAUUUGGAAAUGGAUCUUUUGAGAUUUGAAUUUUUGGCUUUGGCUUCUGCCAAUGAUGAGAAUGAGAAGGAGGAGGAUGAUGAGGAUAAUGAUUAUACUGAACAAGUAGAACACUUACAAGAUCAAGAAUAUGUGCAAAGGAUCAAAGAGGAUUGUAUCGUGUGUCCCGUGACGAGAUUUGGAGGUGUGGGGAGUUGGAUGGGGACGAGAUUGCCGAGUUGGGUGGUGUAUUUGUUCAAAGGGAGAAGAUAUCGAAUGGGAGAAAAGGGGGUGGCGAAGGUGGUGGUGCAGGGAAAGGGGCCGUAUACGUAUGGAAGUUGGAAAGCUGCGUAG